AUAUUAGGUCUUUAUUAUGUGUUGACUUCUUCCCCUUUUUUAGAUCUUUGACUUUUGGGGGGAAAGCAUUACCAUGAGACUGGAACAGGGACUCUUCACUCUUCUGCUGCUGUUGGGAGCAAUUGCCACUUUCCAGGGCCAGGAGUUUCCUGUGCGCAUUAAAAGAGGUGCUCGAUCAAGAGCCAUAUGUAAAGACCCAUCAACCCAACAGAUUUACCAGCAAAGGGAAAGCUGGCUACGACUAGCAAACAGCAGAGUUGAAUACUGUCGGUGUGAGAAUGGCCGCAGCCGCUGCCAUGCAGUGCCUGUCAAAGCCUGUGCCCAGCAGCAGUGCUUCAACAGGGGCAUCUGCCAGCAAGCAUUGUACUCCCCCAGCCAUUUCAUCUGCUCAUGCCUCCCGGGCUUCUCUGGGAAGCAGUGUGAGAUUGAUGCUGAAGCCACGUGUUACAAUGAUGCAGGAGUAACGUACAGGGGAAUGUGGAGCACAACGGAAAGUGGAACCGAGUGCUUAAACUGGAACAUUAGUGCCUUGGCGCAGAAGCGAUACAACGGGCGCCGGGUGGACGCCAUGCAGCUGGGGCUCGGCAAUCACAACUACUGCCGGAAUCCAGAUGGGGACUCCAAACCCUGGUGCCAUGUUUUCAAAGCAGGGCUGUAUUCCUGGGAAUAUUGCAGCAUCUCUUCCUGCCCCAAGAGAAAUGGUGACUGUGUUUCUGGAAGGGGCACCGAUUACCGAGGCAGCCAUAGCCGCACAGAAUCUGGUGCCACUUGCCUGAGAUGGGACUCCAAAAUCCUUACUAACAAGUUCUACACAGCCUGGAAGACCAAUGCACAGCAACUAGGCCUUGGCAGCCACAACUACUGCCGGAAUCCUGACAAUGACACCAGACCAUGGUGCCAUAUCCUGAAGAGCAGCAAGACACACUGGGAAUUUUGCGAUGUGCCAGCUUGCUCCACCUGUGGAUUGAGGAAGCACAAAAAGGCCCAGUUCCGGAUCAAAGGAGGCCUCUAUUCACACAUCCAGUCACACCCAUGGCAGGCAGCCAUUUUUAUCCGAUACCGGAGAGUACGUGGAGAGCACUUUCUCUGUGGUGGGAUCCUAAUCAAUUCUUGCUGGGUCCUCUCGGCAGCCCAUUGUUUUGACGGCGGGAUCAUCGUCAACCGCCUGAAGGUUGUGUUGGGUAGGACUUACCGUAUGGUCCCUGAAGAAAAUGAGCAGCAGUUUGAAGUGGAGAAAUACAUUUUGCAUGAAAACUUUGACCCAAACACAUAUGACAAUGAUAUUGUUUUGCUGAAGCUGAAGUCCAGCUCAGAAGAGUGUGCAAAAGAAACAGACACAGUUCGUGCUGCCUGCCUCCCAGAGCCAGGGCUGAAACUGCCUGACUGGACAGAGUGCGAGAUCUCAGGCUAUGGCAAGCAUGAGGAAUUUUCUCCCUUCUACUCGGAACGCCUGAAGGAAGGUCACGUGAGGCUGUAUCCAGACAGCCGCUGCACACCCCGGCAGCUCUCUAACAGGACUGUUACAGAGAACAUGUUGUGUGCAGGAGACACUAGGCAGCUGGAUGAUGCCUGCAAGGGUGAUUCUGGGGGCCCCCUGGUUUGUCUGAAAGAUGGCCACAUGAACCUUGUUGGCAUCAUCAGCUGGGGUGAUGGCUGUGGGAAGAAAGACACACCUGGUGUAUACACAAAUGUGGUUCGCUACCUGAGCUGGAUUCAGGAGAAGAUGAAGCCUUGAUGGCAUCAAUGAGCCACGUUGAAGCCUCCCUCUUGUUCUCCAUUCUGGAAUCUCCUUGUAUCAGGGAGAUGUGGUGGAUGUCAAAACAAGAAACUGUUCUUGUGGUUACCAAGAUAGGCUGGCACGACUGACAGAGGGAGGGUAUGUGCCUUUCAUACCUCUUCAGAGGUGAUUAGUUUAGGUGUUUGGGUUGUGUAUUUUUUCUGUGCCUGUUCACCGAGUAACAGAGAUACAGUUGGUACCAACAACACCCCUCCCCAGAAAGCUCUAGAGAUUAGCAGGAAAAGCGUGUGCAGUGCUGCAGGAGCAUCUGGAAGAUCUUCAUCCAUUCUGGAAGAGUAGUGGCUGAACUGUGAACUUUACGUACAGAGAAGCAUGAAUACAGUCUUGGGUUAACUGGCUUACCUCCUGCAGCACUCCCAUUUGUGUCUGAAGUUAUAAUGCCAAUGGCUCCAGAAUUAGGGUGGGAGAACCUUGAGCAAAGACUCAGUGAGAAUGUUUAAUUUUUUUCCUAUGAUCUUCUUGGGUAUUCCAUGUUAAGUGAUAAUAAUGGGGCUAUUCUGAGGUAGUGUGUCCUUCACAGGUCCUGCAGUCCCUUUCAAGCUGGCAUUGUUACCAAGAAAAGAAGUGAGCAUUUGGAAAAGAAGUUCCUGCUGUCACCACAAGAGAGAACUAACUAAACAGAACUAAAGCGGAACUGUCAGAGAUUCAGAUGGUGUCACAGUUCAGCCUUACUUCUAACCGAAGUUUUCUUGAACCAAACAUCUUUGACAUCUUCUUUCUUACAAAAUUUGAAGGAUUAUUUUUGUACUUUGUAUGUAUUUAAACUUUCCUACUAUGUACUUGAAUAGCAGAAGCUUUUUUUUUUUACUGUUGCACAGUGAGACUGAUAACUUUAAAUUGUCACUGGUAUGUCCCUCAUUUAUUAAACUGUUAUUCUAUUGGUCUUAUUUUAAA